CAUCCUGUUCACCAGAUUCUCAGUUACAUACAAUCACUUUCCUUUUCCUUUUUUUUCUCUCCCUCUCUGCACAAAAUCUUCUUUUCUUUUUUAAGGUUUUCAAUUUUCCCCCCAACUUUCAAAAUUUGUCCAUCAAUUCCUCUCCCUCCGGCUAUGGCAACCGGAAUUCGGUUACCUCCGGAAGACCUCGAUAUUUCUCCGGCGGCGCGUGAUCUGAUCUCCGAUGACGACCGUUCAAUCGUCGCUGACUCUUGGUCAAUCAAGAGCGACUACGGAAGUACUCUCGAUGAUGAUCAACGUUAUGCUGAUGCUACCGAAGCUCUCACUGCUGCUAUGUAUCGUGCUGCUUCUGAUUACAGCUCUGACAAGGAUGAACCUGAUGCUGAAUCGAUUAGUUCGAUGCUGGGGUUACAAAGUUACUGGGAUGCAGCAUAUGCAGACGAAUUGUCUAAUUUUCGUGAACAUGGGAAUGCUGGUGAAGUUUGGUUUGGUGCAGAUGUCAUGGAAAUGGUUGCUUCCUGGACAAAAGGAUUAUGCAUGGAUAUUUCUCAAAGACAUGGGCAAAGUCACCAUGAUGAUGACGAGUCUGAGCACGUCAGACAAGAGGAGAAAGAUUUAGCAGCUUGGAGCGUACUUGAUGUUGGGACUGGAAAUGGUCUGCUUCUUCAAGAGCUUGCUAAGCAGGGGUUCUCUGAUCUCACUGGAACUGAUUAUAGUGAAGGAGCAAUUAACCUUGCUCGAAGUGUUGCUAAUCGUGAUGGAUUCACUAGUCUUAAACUAUUGGUCGAUGAUGUUCUUGAAACAAAAUUGAACAAAAAGUUCCAGCUGGUUAUGGACAAGGGAACUUUUGAUGCUAUUGGUCUGCAUCCAGAUGGACACAUUAAAAAGAUGAUGUAUUGGGAAUCUAUGUCGAGACUAGUAGCUCCUGGUGGCCUACUGGUGAUAACAUCAUGCAAUAACACUAGAGAAGAACUGGUGCAAGAAGCGGAGAACUUCAAUCAAAGAGUGGAGAAUAAGGCAUGCAAACCCUGUUACUUAGAUCAUCUUCGCUUAUAUCCAACAUUUAUGUUUGGUGGAUCAGUUGGGUCUCGUGUUGUCACUGUCGCAUUUCUGUUUGGUAGAUGGGUCUGAGGAUGUAUGUGUUGCGUUUGGUAGAGGUUUUGCUGACUCGAUUGGAGAUGAACCUUAAGGUUGUAUGGUUUUUUAGGGUAAGUUUAAUCGUGGAACAGCAAAAAAAGAAGUUUAACAUGUACAACCGAUAAUGUAUGGAAUGCAAGUCUUGUUCUUGGUCGA